AUGAGCUCGUACUUUGUAAACUCCUUCUCGGGGCGUUAUCCAAAUGGCCCGGACUAUCAGUUGCUAAAUUAUGGCAGUGGCAGCUCUCUGAGCGGCUCUUACAGGGAUCCCGCUGCCAUGCACACCGGCUCUUACGGCUACAAUUACAAUGGGAUGGAUCUCAGCGUCAACCGCUCCUCGGCCUCCUCCAGCCACUUUGGGGCGGUGGGCGAGAGCUCGCGCGCCUUCCCCGCGUCAGCCCAGGAGCCCCGCUUCAGGCAGGCGACGUCCAGCUGCUCCCUGUCCUCGCCCGAGUCCCUGCCCUGCACCAACGGCGACAGCCACGGCGCCAAGCCCGCUGCUUCGUCCCCUUCCGACCAGGCGACCCCAGCCAGCUCCAGCGCCAAUUUCACCGAAAUAGACGAGGCCAGCGCGUCCUCCGAGCCUGAGGAAGCGGCAAGCCAGCUAAGCAGCCCGAGCCUGACUCGGGCACAGCCAGAGCCCAUGGCCACCACUACAGCCGCGCCCGAGGGGCAGACUCCACAGAUAUUCCCCUGGAUGAGGAAGCUUCACAUCAGCCACGAUAUGACUGGGCCAGACGGGAAAAGGGCCCGGACCGCCUAUACUCGCUACCAGACCCUGGAGCUGGAGAAGGAAUUCCACUUCAAUCGCUACCUGACCAGGCGGCGACGCAUCGAGAUCGCCCACGCGCUCUGCCUGUCCGAGCGUCAGAUCAAAAUCUGGUUCCAGAACCGUCGCAUGAAGUGGAAGAAAGACAACAAACUGAAAAGUAUGAGCCUGGCUACAGCCGGCAGCGCCUUCCAACCAUGAGCCCAUCCGGAGGAGCCCUGGGCGGCCCAAGAGCCCGCACCACCCCCAGCCCGACCCUUCCAAUCCUCCCUGCACCGCCGCUGCCCGCUGGGAACCUGUUCCCAGGAGCCUGUCUCGCCCCAGCCUUGUGUUACAAUUUUUCGUUUGGUCUUAGGUCUUCCCAUGGCUCCCUCUCUCCUGGACUGGUUAUCUUGUUAUUAUUGUUAAUAAUUAUAAUUAUUAUUAUUUCCCCUCCAUGCUCCCCACGUCCCUCGGCUUGCCCCCAAUUGCCAGUGUUUCUGAGUGUCCUCGUGUCUGUGGGUGCACCCCUUUCCCCAGGAAAAAGAAAAGAAAAAGAAAUUCGCAUGUUUGAUGUGACUUCCCUUCCCUGUCUGUGUUCUAACUUAUUUAUAAAAAGGAUAAUGGCUGUAUUUUGAGUUUCAGCUGGAAACUUCCAUAAGGGGCAGCAGUUGAGGUAGUGCUGGGCCCAGCUGAGCUGGCCUGAGAAAUGGAGUCCAUGAUUGUGUUUCUUUUUACCCACUUCAUCCGUCUUCAGCCCCCACUCCCUAGGCCCAGGACUCCGGAGCAGUGGCUUGUUCCUGGGGUGGGAAGGGGCCGGGGAAGGGGCCAGGGAAGGACCAAAGUGUGGAUGUUGAGAAGAGGAAAGGAAAGGAGAGGAGUAAGCGAUAAAUGCCUGCUGCCUGGUAGGCCCCGCAGGGCCUAGCCUGGGAGUGUAUGGAAUCAGAAAUAAGCCUCGGUGUAAAAUGUCUUGUGAUUUUUCUCUGUGAAUCUGUGGGCCUGGCUAGAAGGCCCAGAGCUUGUAAAUAUGGGGCUAGUCUGGGUCAGGCCAACCACUUCCUUACCCAUUUCGCUUCCAAGACCAUUUGUAGAGCGAGUGGAUGCUGUGUGUGGAAUCUGUCUUUGCCAGGCCUGUCUCAGUGAUUAGCUUUUGGUAUGUCUGUA